AUGAAGGCAGGACAUUUUGAAAUGGUCACCAUGCUGCUGGCACCUAUGAUUCUAAUGGACAUCUUCCAGGUACAGGCUGAAAUGUUAGAUAUGGCAGAUAAUGCAUUUGAUGACGAAUACCUGAAAUGCACUGACAGGAUGGAAAUCAAAUAUGUUCCCCAAUUGCUCAAGGAGGAAAAAGCAAGCCUCCAGCUCUUGGAAGAUGUGUGGGAAAAUGCAGAAGCCAAGUGGGAAGCUCGGAAGACUCAGCUCUUUCUCCCUAUGGGUUUUAAGGAUAACCAUGGAAUAGCCCUGAUGGCAUAUAUUUCUGAAGCUCAAGAGCAAACUUCCUUUUACCAUCUGUUCAAUGAAGCUGGGAAAAUGGCUGGCCAGUCUCGAAAAGAUUAUGUCUAUGGCUUCCAGUUCAAAGCUUUUCAUUUUUACCUGACAAAAGCUCUGCAGUUGCUGAGAAGAUCUUGUGAGAACAGUUACAAAAAUGUGGUGUAUAGCGUAAGGCAGACUACUUUAUUUACAUUUGGAGGACUAAACCAAGUCCGAUUUGGCCAUUUCACCUUGGCAUAUUCAACCAAACCUCAAGUUGCUAAUGACCAAGACGUUCUGUUAACCAUCAACACAUGCUUUGGAAUUGCCGUUGAAAAAUUUUUUGAUAAAGAAAGUGAAAGAAUUACUUUAAUACCUCUGAAUGAGGUUUUUCAUGUGUCACAGGAUGGGGCUGGCAAUAACCUUAUCCUUCAAAGCACAAACAAGACCUGCAGCCAUUAUGAGUGUGCAUUUCUAGGUGGACUAAAAACUGCAAAUUGUGUUGAGAACAUGGAAUAUUUUCAACCCUUCCGUGUCUACAACUCUGGUAAUGAGAAAAACCAGAAACUUGAAGACCCUGGAAUGAAAAGCCAGGAGUCCACAGUCUUACCUGGUAUGAAGAGCCAAGAAGCCACCCAAAUACCUGGAAUGAAAACUCCAGAACCUUUUUCACUACCUGAAGACAAAAGUCAAGAUAUCGACAGACCUACUCCAGCUCCAGGUCCAGUUCCAGGUCCCAAAACCCAUACCUCUGCAUCUUCUGGCAAAAUGCUCCUUCCACCGUUUGGGACAUUCAUCAUUUUAAUCAGUGUUUCUGCUAUAAAUCUCUGUCGCUCUGUAGUCUGA